AAAUAAAAACAUCGAGAAACAUGAAGGAUGACUGUGAAUAUGAAUAUGUAAACAGCAUAAUCUGACUGUGAAUAUGAAUAUGUAAACAACAUAAUCUUACUUAAACGAAGGGUUUAACAGAAAUAGCGAUGGAAGACUCAAAUCCUAUUGCUAUUGCAGUAUUGGAACAAGAGAAAAGAGAAAAUGGAGUUGUAUUGAUACUUCCUGAACCCAAUCAGGAUGAUCCAUUGGUUGGAAAGAAAAAGGCAAUUUUGUCAGAGAGGAGCAUUAAUCUAAUAUUUCAUCUACAUGAUAAAGAUCUUGUAUCUCCAAAACCAGAAGAGGACACACUUUUGGAGCAAAUAAUUAGGGCAGCCCGUAUACUGCAAUUGAAUGAGGCAGAAUGGUACUUCAUGGAAGAUGAUGAUUUUGGUCCAUUUAGUCCACGGAAUGAGAUGGAAGCCCUAUAUUUGAUCUACUCUAUUACAAAUGACCUUUGCGCUAAUAGUGGUGAAAACAUAGAUAUAUUGCAUGCAUUGCAAACUGCAACAGUAAAUAAGAUAAACUUCUUUGCAAAUUUAGAUGGAGAAAAUAUAGGUGGUCUUAUAUCUACUGGAGAGACAGAAAGAGAAUUGCUGGAAUGGGCAAGUACAGAAGGUGUCAAAAGCAAGCUGAAUAUAGCUGAUUUUGAAGGAUAUGGGCGAGGAACAAUAGCAACAGCAGACUUAAAUGUUGGGGACAUUGCACUGGAAAUUCCCAAGUUGCUGAUUAUCUGUGAGGACAGUGUUUUAAGAUCUGACAUGAGACAAGUGCUGGAGAAUACUGAUGAGCUUGCUUCUGAAACAACUACACUCUUGUGGAGCAUGAGAGAACGCCACAGGUUACAAUCUGAAUUUCGGCCAUAUUUUGCAUCACUCCCAAAAUCAUUUAAUACAGGAUUGAGUUUUGGCAUUCAGGCUCUGACUGCCUUGGAGGGUACUCUUCUGCUGGAAGAGAUUGUACAGGCAAAAGAGCAUCUCCGUGCACAGUAUGAAAACCUAUGUUCCACAUUAUUCACAAGAAAUCCAGAAAUAUUUCCUCCAGAGUUUUGUACAUGGGACCAUUUCCUAUGGGCUUGUGAACUUUGGUACUCAAAUAGCAUGAAGGUUUCCUUUCCAGAUAACAAGUUAAAAACAUGCUUGGUGCCUGUGGCAGGUCUUCUGAAUCAUUCACUAUAUCCACACGUCAUGCACUAUGGCAGAGUAGAUCCAAAAUCAGAUACAUUGAAGUUGUAUGUAUCACGCCCAUGCAAAUAUGGGCAGCAGUGUUUCCUGAGCUAUGGACCUCUUCCUAGUUCUCAUCUAGUCACUUUCUAUGGCUUUUUGCUACGAGGAGACAAUGUUUAUGACACGAUACCUAUUGAUCUUGACUUACCCCAGCAACUGGAUCUAGACAAUCACUUGCUUGGCGAUGUGUGUGAUCAGAUCUGUCACAUGGUUCGUGGAACAUGGCUGUCCAAGAGCAAACGAAAUAAAUACGGCUUGCCUUCCCGAUUGCUAGCUGCCCUCCGUACUGCUUUCUUGGAUGAGGAUGAUUUAAGACUGCAACAACAAAAUCUGAGAUAUGCUGUUAUAAGCAAAGAGAAUGAAGCAGCUGUACUGGAAGGUAUCCUAUCAGUCUUGCAACCUAUGUUGGAAUCAAUAGACCAAUCUGAUGAAUUGACGAGUGAAGAUCAAAACUGGGAUGUAAACCUUGCCAUGCAAUUCAAAGAUCGCCAACACAGAAUUGUUGCAUCUAUCUGCGAGUCAUGUUUGAGUGGUCUACAAGCUCUGGAUUCAACUUGAAUUAACACACUGCAGGUUUAAUUCCUAAUGUGCCAGCUAUUUAGAAAACAAAUUUUGGCUAUCAAUAUUUGGACCGAUAGCAUGCAGUGUCAAGGAAUGAGUGCCUCAAAUGCUCUUACUUGUGGUAUGCCUUGUCUCUUUGCAUCUGUGGGCAUUUCUAAGACAACGCUUGAGCAAUAAUAGAAACAUUCCAUGCAUUUGCAACAUCGCUUUUUGUCUUUGUUAGUUUAUAGUAAUCACUUCCAAUAUCUCAUUCACAUAGGGUGGUUGAACUUGGAAGAUUGUGAUCCGGGAAGAGUGUCUAUUGAUGAGCAUUUUAUCUAUUUUAUCCUUCAACAUUGAAAUUCUAAUCUAAUAAGAGAUGUGAUUUACAUAAAUGAUUUUUGUAAUCUAUGGUGGUUUUAACUGCAGAUGCUUAUACAUAAACUACAUGGAUAUUCCAUUGGUAGUU